AUGGGAACUGGAUGCAACUUAUUCACCCAGCCAGUGCAAAAGUCAGAUUUUAGUAUAUUGAACAAGAUUGAUAAUCACAUCACUGAGGAGGAUAACAUUUUUCUCAUUACUAUACCAACUACUGAAGAGGUUAAGGAGGCUAUCUUCUCACUAAACCUUAAUAGUGCAGCAGGUCCUGAUGGUUUCAAUGGGUGCUUCUACCACUUAUGCUGGGACAUUAUAUCCAAUGAUGUGGUGAAUAUGGUUCAAGCAUUUUUUGAAGGCCAAAGGAUGUCUAGAUUCUACACUAGCACAUGCUUAGUACUUAUUCCAAAAGUGGAGUCCCCUAGUUUCUUUUCCCAGCUCAGACUAAUCAGUCUCAGUAAUUUCUCCAACAAUAUAGUGUCUAAGAUUGUCACAAAUAGAAUCACCUUAAUGUUGCCUAAGAUCAUUUCAGAAAACCAAACAGGUUUCAUGAAAGGAAGGCUCAUAACUGAGAAUAUCCUCUUAACUCAGGAGAUUGUUAAGGACAUUGGUAAAAAAAAUAUUGGAGGAAAUAUGGUUAUCAAAUUGGAUAUGGAUAAAGAAUAUGACAAGAUUUCUUGA